AUGGAAGUAGAAAAUACAAAUCAUAAAUAGAAUAUAAAAGUUAAUUUAUUCUAAGAUCGAUUUUUAUAGAAUCCUCCUAAUGUCCUUUAGAUGGAACAAUUUUAUAUCAAAAAAAAUAUGAAUGAUGAAGGAGCUCAUGCCUUAGGAGAAUGUUUUUAGGAUUACUUCAACUUACAAAAAUUAAUUUUACAUAUUAGGAUGAACUAAAUUACUCAAAAAGGAGUUUAAAAAUUAUCAGAAGGAAUUUCUAAAUGUUUGAAACUUUAGCAUCUAAAAAUUGAUUUUGCAGCUAAUUAAAUUAAAGCUAAAGGCUUUGAGUGUUUCGGAGAUUCUAUAUCUUAAUUAACACAAUUACAAACUCUUGAUCUGAAUUUAAAAAAGAAUUUCAUAGAAACAACUUCUUCGUUUAGUUUCAGCUUUGGUGGUUGUCUUUUACUGAGAAAAUUGAAUCUAAAUUUAGGGAGAAAUUUAAUUGAAGAUGAAGGUUUGAUGAAUUUAGGACAUGAAAUAUCAAAGUGUCUACAUCUCAAAAAACUAAAGCUAAAUUUACAAAAGAACAAAAUUACUCAUGAUGGACUUAUCAAAUUAUGUUUAGGGUUAACUAAUUGUAUACAAAUUACAAAGCUAUUUUUAAAAAUGAGUCAUAAUUUAAUAGGAUCAACAGGCCCAAAAGGGAUCUUAAUUUGUCUUUCAAAGCUCAGCAAUUUAGAAAAAUUUUAUUUAGAUUUAAGAAAUAAUCAAAUACUAGAUGAAGGAGCAUGUUUUAUAGGAAAUGCUAUUCAAUCUUGCAUAAAUUUGGUUUCUUUAAAUCUUCGUUUAGAUAAUAACAGUAUUUAAAUUAAAGGCGCAGCUAGCAUAAGUCAGGGAAUAUAAUAAUGUAGUAAGUUAGAGUAUUUAAAUCUGCAACUAAAUCAUAAUAGCAUUCAAGAGCAAGGAGCUAUGCAGCUUUGCCAUAUCGGACAAUGCUCUAAUCUUAAAACUUUAUAUAUUGGUUUAGAGUAAAAUUAUAUCUUAAAUGAGAGCAUGUUUGCAUUAGGAAAAGGGAUAGCAAAUUUAGUUCAUCUUGAAAAUUUGGAAUUGAAUUUAAAAAAUAAUUCAAUCGGUCAUUAAGGUUUCAAAGCAUUUUCAUCUGGGAUCCAAUUUUGUUUGAAGCUCUCUCAAAUCAAUAUUGACAUACAGGGUAAUUUUCUAAAUCAGGAGAGUUUGAAAGCAUUUAACAGUUCUUUGUUAAAUCUGAGUUAAGUGAAAAAUUUGCAAUUAGAUUUGAGAAACAAUUGCUUCAAAGAAGAAAACAGUCUACUACAAAAUCUCCCAUUUUUAAAGAAUAUUAAAGCAAAUUCAACAAGAAACAGAUUUAAUUUAUUGCCAAAUCCUCUCAGUGGGUAUGUUUUAUGCUAAUUUAUACUAUCAAAGAAAGAAAUUAAUUAAUAAAAUAACCCUCUUGUUGAGAACGAAGAAAAUAAAUAACAAGAAAAUUAAUUUAUGGAUGAAGAAGGAGAACACAUAGAAGAGGAAGAGGAAGAGGAAGAAGAAUAAGAUGAAGGAUAUUAAAUGAAUUAUCAUGGAAAUCAUUAUAAUCAUUUUUACAAUCAAUAUUAAUAUGGUUAUUAGCAUGGCUAAAAUAUAUAGGUUGAUGAAGCUGAUUAGGACUAAGAAAUCAGCAUAGAUUAUCGAAUUUACUUUAACUCAUAAUAGAAAGUUGAUUUGAUAGCUUAAGCUUUUGCUAUUGCUGAUUCUUUAGGUAUAGUAUCAUUGAAACUUAAUACUAAGUAUUGUGUAGAAGAUAGAAAUUUAAAAGGAAAAUCUCAUUACGAAAUAAAGAUGACAUCUAUCACUUAAUACCCUUAGUAUGUCUAAUUAUUCAAUCUUCAACCAAAUGUUUUGACUUUUAAUUAGUUGAAAUAUUUAGAUCUAUCAUUAAGUUCGCAAUUUAUUCUUGAGAAAGGAUACUCCAAUAUAUUGCAUAGCAUUCAAAGCUGCCAGAAUUUAACAUCUUUAAGUAUUAAAUUUAAAGAAUUAAUGUUCAACGAAGAGAAUUUUAAGUAACUAUCUGCAGUUAUAAAAUAGCUUACCCUGCUUUCUGUUUUAAAACUUUAAAUUAAUUACAUUUCUUAGGACUACUAGGUACAAGAGUCAUUAAAUGAAUUAUGCUAAGGAAUAAUUGGAUGUUAAAAUUUGACUGAGUUAGCUUUGGAUUUAUCGUCUUGUCAAAUUUAAGAUGAAGGUUUAAAUUACAUUUCUGAGAAUCUCGUUUAACUGAAAAAAUUAACUGCAUUCGAAUUAAAAAUCAACAACAAUAAUAUUAAAUAAGAAGGCUUUCACUCAAUCUUAAAAUUAUUAUAAAGCUUUAAAGAAAUGAAUAAGCUUUCCCUGUCAUUUGGAGAAAAUUAAAUACCAAACAGCUGCUUAAUUGAUCUAAGUAGAGUUAUUAGCUAAAUGAAAAAUAUUUCAACUUUAGACUUAACCAUAGAAAAUAAUUACUUUGAUGGAUCAGGAGUUAUUGAGGUAAUUAGAUCUAUUUGCUAAAAUAGCGGAAUCAAAUAUUUAGCUCUAAGGGUAGGAGCAUUAGAGAAUUUUGUAGAUCAAGCUUACAAGCUUAAAUAAAAAAUAAAAAAGAUGAAGAGGUUAGUUAUUAAAAAUCUAUGUCUUCCUCAAGAAGGAAAUUUCUGA